AUUCGUUUGUUUUGUUUUUCUCUCAGAAACAUGGAGGACGCGAUAAAGACCGUGGUGAUGACGUUUGUUAAAUCUGCCAGAGGAAAAGAGAACCUAGACAGUAAAUCCUUCAAGAAACUGAUCCAGAAGCAGCUCGGGGGCGUCAUGGAGGACACAAACAGCAGCUCGGCCAUUAAGGAGAUGCAGGAGGGUCUGGAUGAGAACGAAGACGGGAAGGUGGGCUUUAAGGAAUACCUCAACCUGAUUGGCUACGUGGCCAACAGCCUCAGCGAGAGCAAGACUGGCUCUAAUGCGAGCGCGUCGUAGAAGCCUUCAACUCCAAACAUGCCGUCUUUUUUAACCACUCCACCAACAAUUUAUACUUUUUUUUGUUUUGUUAAAGGUCCAUUAUCCAUUUACUGAAAUAUAAAUUUCUCUGAGCUACAAAAUAUGCCAACAGUAACCUUUUUAAAAACAUCAUUAAACAGCUCAUGACUUCUCUUAUAAUUCCAGCCACACAAAGAACCUGAAUUAUGUUUUCAAAAUAAAAGCUUUAUAAUAAAACUCCUCUGUGUUGCA